AUCCUUACAUACUUUAACGAAGUGACUUUAAUAAAUUUUAUUUAUCUUCAACAGAUUACAACCACUGAUAAUUGUGUCUGAACCAAAAGUCUAGAAGCGCGAACUAAAAAGAGUCACAAUUCACCAAACAAUAAAAGGAGAUCCACAGUUUAGAUCAAGUCAAUUUUUAAUUUCACAUUAGUGUUAUUUUUUUUUUUACGGAACAGGUUGAACAAUUUUCCCCCUUUUCAUUCAUUCAUCUUGAGACUUGUUUCAACAAUAACAAUCAAGAAGGUGAAUAAUCCAGCAGCCACAUUUGCAUCAUUUUCCUGAUAAAUUCUGAAAAAUCUUUUUCCACAAUAACUCGAGCAUACAAUAAUACUAUGGUUCCUUGUAAAUAUAAGGACGUAACCGAAGAACAACGACAAACCAAUUCGUUUGCCCGAUUAGUUCCUGGACAAACAAUUGUUGAGAUUCCUGAAUAUACCUUAGAAUGUGGUGAAACAUUGUAUAAUUUUCCAGUUGCAUACAAAACAUGGGGUCGUUUGAAUAAAGAACGUGAUAAUGUCUUACUUAUAUGUCAUGCCCUUACCGGUUCCUCGGAUGUCCAGGACUGGUGGGGUCCUUUAUUAGGUAAUGGUAAAACUUUUGACCCUAGUCGAUUCUUUAUUAUUUGUAUAAAUUUUAUGGGCUCACCUUAUGGAUCUUGUUCCCCAGUUUCUAUUGAUAAGAGAACUGGUAAACCCUAUGGGCCUUCAUUCCCCUUAGUUACCGUUAAGGAUGAUAUUGGAAUUCAAAAAUUGAUUUUAGAUUCCUUAGAUGUUAAUGGUAUUUCUUGUGUGAUUGGUGGUUCUAUGGGUGGUAUGUUAGCAUUGGAAUACCUGGCCACAUAUAAUGAUAGCAAUUAUGUCAAGACUGUCAUUGCAUUAGCCACAUCUGCAAGAGCAUCUGCAUGGUGUAUUUCUUGGAAUGAAACUCAAAGACAAUGUAUAUUUAGUGAUCCUUACUAUGAUGAUGGUUAUUAUUAUGAGAAUGGUAGUGGAGUUAAGCCAGAUUCAGGUUUGAGUGCUGCUAGAAUGGCUGCUUUAUUAACUUAUAGAUCCCGUAAUUCUUUUGAAACUAGAUUCGGAAGAACCGUCGGAACAAAGAAAGCUGCUAAACCAGAACCUUCAAACUUAUCCGAGGAAGAAAGAUUGAAAAGGGAAGAAGCAGAAAAGGGUAUAAGAUAUCCAAAGACCAAGGAUGAAGAGAAUUGGUUGUUGCAUAAUGAAGGAUCAAGAUCUUCUUUAAAUAUCCCUGCCUUGGCAAACGGAAGCAGUAAGCCUAAUAACAAGAAACCACCUACUUAUUUCACGGCACAAUCCUAUUUAAGAUAUCAAGGAAACAAGUUCAUUAGUAGAUUUGAUGCCAAUUGUUAUAUUUCAAUUUCAAGAAAGUUGGAUACCCAUGAUAUCACAAGAGGUAGAAUCGAACCAGCUGAUCAUUAUGCUAGGGAUCAAGAUCCAUUACCAGACUAUCUCCAAACAUUGAGAAAACCUCAUUUGGUCAUUGGUAUUCAAUCUGAUGGAUUAUUUACAUUUGGUGAACAACAAUUGUUAGGUGAUAACAUUCCAGGAGCCAUUUUGAAGAAAUUGGAUUCUCCUGAAGGUCAUGAUGCAUUUUUAUUAGAAUUCGAAUUGAUUAAUGGAUAUUGUCUUGAUUUCUUGCAAAAGAGCUUACCUGAGUUUUAUGAUGAGAAAUCUGGUAAGUUUGAAUUGUUCAACAAUUGGCAAGAUUUUGUGGAAGAUAUUGACAAUGGAGGUAAUUCCGUAUUUGGUGAAGCUGAAAAGAAUAUUACCAACUGGUGAAUAGUGGGACAAUAUCAGAUCUGUAGUUCUAUAGUUUUCAUAAAAUUUUCUUUAAAAAUAAAUUAUUAUACGGACGUUC